CUCCACCUCCGCCCACGCCGGUGCCACAUUCUUCCCCCAUGCCUCGUUUGAAGCUUGGAAUUUUGCCCGAAGGUUGGAUUUUUGCGCGGCGGCCUAGCCAGGCGUCCAACCCCGAGGACCACUGGCCAUGGCGGCCGCCGUCCAUGUCUACCUCCUCUGUCAGCCUCUUCCUCGAGUACCCCCUCCUCUGUCUGCCGCCUCGUCAACCCGGUCUCUUUUCCUCGCCAUGGCGCUCCCCCCUCCCGCCUUCCCGUCUCCGCUCCUCCCUCCCCGUCGGCACCUGCCAACUACCCGGCGACCCCUGCUGGCCCCCUCGUCCGACCACCUGCUCGCCGUCAACCAUGAAGCCCGCCCCCUCCAUGGACGUCGUCGCCCAAGCACUGGGAAGCACGGGUGCUCAAGGUGGAGGAGCUCACCGUCGAGCUCGCCGGAGCACUACGCGCUCAAGGCGUCCACAACACCUCCACGUGCUCAAGUACAGAGCUCGCCGGAGCUUCAGAUCCAGAGAACAGAGGCGGAGUACCAGAGGCGUCGCGUGUCGGGGUCGGGGUGGGAAAAAAAGAAGGUUCAUUCUAGUUUCUAUAACAGGUUAUGCUAGUGAAUUCAAACUAUGCUUUGUUUGAUUCAGAUUAUGCUAGUGAAUUCAGUUACUUCACCUCACAUUCACUUCACCAAACAG